CAAAUAUUUCUUCCCCAUCGACCACCACGACCAGGAUAGAUUAGGACACAAUGGGCCAGGACAGCUACUACAUCGGCGUCGACGUCGGCACUGGCUCCGCGCGCGCCCAGCUCGUCAACCAAAAGGGCGACCUCAUCGCGUCCUCCACCCAGGAGACCAUCACUUGGCGCGAUAACAGGGAUCAUCGCAUCUUCGAGCAGUCCACCGACGACAUCUGGUCCAAGAUCUGCAUCGCCGUCAAGGAGGCCAUUUCUCAGAGCAGGAUCCAGCCCUCCGAUGUCAAAGGUCUCGGCUUCGAUGCGACCUGUUCGCUCGCUGUGUCCGAUUUCGACAUGAAGCCCGUCACUGUGACCAAGGGGGAAGAGCUCGGCCACAACGGGACGCGCAACAUCAUCCUCUGGGCUGAUCACCGCGCCGAGAAGGAGGCGGAGCUUAUCAACUCCACCGGCUCAGUUGUGCUAAACUAUGUUGGUGGAACUAUGAGCUUGGAGAUGGAAGUGCCGAAGAUCCUCUGGCUAAAGAAGAACAUGAAGCCAGACCAGUUCCAGCGCUGCCAGUUCUUUGAUCUGCCCGACUUCUUCACAUAUAGGGCUACGGGCGUGAGCACGCGUUCCUACUGCUCCGUAACUUGCAAGUGCUCGUAUGUUCCCGACAAGGGCUGGCAGGCCGAGUUCUUUGAGAAGAUCGGUCUUCCCGAUCUCGUAGACGCUGGCAACUUCAAGCAAAUGGGCGCCACCAAAGGCGAUAUCCUUGCAGCCGGCUUGCCAAUUGGAAACGGCCUCUCGAAGCAGUCUGCUCAAGAGCUCGGGCUCGCCGAAGGAACUCCCGUUGGUAGCGGCCUGAUCGACGCAUACGCCGGCUGGAUGGGUACUGUCGCAGCUCGCUACAACGAGAACGGAAAACUCUCCGAUUAUGUCCCCACUGUCGAGGAUGCUGGUCACCGCCUCGCAGCUGUUGCAGGGACAAGUACCUGCCACAUCGUCCAGAGCCCCGAGGGCGUCUUCGUCGAUGGAGUAUGGGGACCGUACAAAGAUGUUGUCUUCCCGGGCUGGUGGAUGAAUGAAGGUGGCCAGUCGUCCACCGGCCAGCUCAUAGACUUCAUCAUCACCUCCCAUGUUUCAUACCCCAAACUGGUUGAACGUGCCAAGGAGGAGAACUCCAACAUCCACUCAGUACUCCUUGAGAUCCUCGAGAAGAUGAGACAGGAGGAACAUUGCGGGACACUCACUGAGCUGACCAAAGACAUCCACUUCUACCCCGACUUCCACGGUAACCGAUCCCCCAUUGCCGACUCCCGCAUGCGCGGCUCCAUCGUCGGCCUUGAGCUGGACAGCGGCCUCACCGACCUCGCGCGCAAGUACUGGCUCUCACUUGAGGCCAUCGCCCUGCAGACGCGCCACAUCAUCGAUGAGAUGAACGGCAAAGGCCACAAGAUCAACUCCAUCUACCUUUCCGGCGGCCAGGCCAAGAACAUCCCCAUGAUGCAGCUCUUCGCCGACACGUGCAAUAUGCCCGUCGUCCUCCCCUUCUCCCACUCGGCCGCGGUUGUCCUUGGCGCCGCCAUGCUGGGCAGGAUCGCUGCAGAAGGUCACCUCCCCCGUGACAAGCAAGCUGCAAGGAUGUGGGAGAUCAUGAUUGAGAUGACUCCUCCCGGAACUAUGGUGCCUCCAGCUGCUACGCCCAAGGUUAAGAAGCUUCUGGAUGCGAAGUACAAGAUCUUCCGCGAGACGAUUGAUAUCCAGAAACGAUGGAGGAAGGAGAUGGAGGAGGCUUCAAAGUAGAGAACCGAGCAGCUGCCCGCUUUGAUUCCCUUUGUACUCAUAGUCAUAGAUCGAGAAUACCAAACAAUUAUCGC